UUUUUUUUUUGGUGAUGGAUCUCAGUGCGUCUGGAUGAUGAUGAACAGAUGAGUGGAAUUUAUUCCUGAAGUGUUUGUUUUAUUCAAGAUUCAAGAUUCAAGAUGUUUAUUGUCACGCCGGUUGUACAGAAUACUACUGCUCAUCGAUGAGUUGAUGUGGAGAGACGUGCCACUUCGGCUGCACAGAUGCUGAACACCAGUGCGUUUGCAGAGAGCAGCAGCAGCGGCAGCAGCGCGUCUUUACAGAGCGACGCGUCGGCGAACUCUGCGGUGAAGCUGGCCUCUCUGGGUCUCAUCAUGAGCGUCAGUCUGCUGGGCAACGCAUUGCUGUCUCUGCUGCUGCUGAAGGACAGCUCGCUGCACAAGGCGCCCUACUUCUUCCUCCUGGACCUGUGCAUGGCGGAUGUGGUGCGCUCCGCCGUCUGCUUCCCCUUCGUCAUGGCAUCGAUCAGCUCCUCCAGGUGGCCGUACGAUACGCUCUGCUGCAAGAUCAUCGCCUUCCUGUCGGUUCUCUUCUGCUUCCACGUCGCCUUCCUGCUCUUCUGCGUCAGCGUCACCCGCUACAUGGCCAUCGCACACCACCGCUUCUACUACAAGCGCGUCAACAACAACCCGUGUACGUGCGGCGCAGUGAUCUGCGUGGUGUGGACGCUCUCCGUUGCCAUGGCGACUCCGCCGGUGUUCGACGUGGGCACGUACAAGUUCGUCCGCGAAGAAGAGCAGUGCGUGUUCGAGCACCGCUACGUGAAGCGGCAGAACGACACGCUGGGCUUCAUGCUGAUGCUGGCUGUGAUUGUAGGGAUCACUCAUGUUGUGUACAUCAAGAUACUGUGUUUUGUUUACGAUCAUAGAAAGAUGAAGCCGGCUCAGUUGGUUCCGGCCAUCAGCCAGAACUGGACCUUCCACGGCCCCGGAGCCACCGGACAGGCCGCCGCGAACUGGAUCGCCGGGUUCGGCCGCGGACCGACGCCGCCGACGCUGGUGGGAAUCCGGCAGCAGGCGACGUCGCAUCCGAACAACAGUAAGAGGCUGCUGGUGCUGGACGAGUUCAAGAUGGAGAAACGCAUCGGGAAGAUGUUCUACCUGAUCACGCUGAGCUUCCUCGUCCUCUGGGCUCCGUAUAUAGUCGCCUGCUACCUGAGGAUAUUCGUGCGCGGAGAUCCGGUGCCGCAGCUCUACCUGAGCGCCGCGGUGUGGAUGAGCUUCGCCCAGGCCGGAGCGAACCCCAUCAUCAGCCUCCUGGUCAACAAGGAGCUCCGGAUCAGACUCAGAGCCUGUUUUACAAAUCAAAGCUGCUGCCUGGGAACUCAAACACCUAUGGAGCCAUACUGUGUCAUCUGAACAUAUAGCAUACAUAUAUAUAUGUAUAUAUAUAUUCAUAUAUAUAUACAUAUAUACACCCAGCUGCCUGGGAACACAGACACCUAUGGAGCCAAUAUACAUACAUACAUACAUACAUACACUAACACAUACACACACAUA